CGCUGAACCGCUUCCCCUCUCGGCUCUCCUCUUGGUUACUCGCCGGUUCCCUCCCUCGCUCCUCCGCGAUCCUCAGGCGGUGCAUCGGACUGUUACUAUCAACAGAUGGAAGGACAGAGAACGAGAGAGGGAGGAGGAGGAGGAGGAGGCGGAGGCGAGGAGGAGGCUUUAUUACGGCGCUGCACAAUAGGCAAGCCCCGGGGGACCUCCUCCUCCAACUGGGAUCGGGAGUGAAAAGGAAAGGCGGCGGGGUCUAGACGGAGUGCUUAGAAGGCAGCAAGUUUUGUAAAAGAUCUCAGAGGAACAGGAGUGCUGGGAGUGGAGGAGCCUGAAAAAGUUGCUGCUUGCCCUCCCCCGUCCCCCUUGCUUGAAUGGGGUCCCCUCGGUGGAAGAGGCUGUGCCUUUUAUUACUAAUAGGGCUAACUUUUUCCAUCAUCCUUUAUGGGCACUACUACACCACUCUGGAUUCUUCCACCGGGCCCAGGACUGCGUCUAGGCUGCUACAGCAGGAGAUGGUGAGGCUAGCACCAGCAGAGAUAUUCCGAGGAGCCAGAAACUGGAACCAUGGUUUGAUCAGAGAAAGCAUUGUGAAGAGAGGGAACCCACCCAAAGAAUCACCAAAGCAAGAAAAUAUGAAUCCUACCAAGAAGAAGUCUAGUUUGUGCCCAUGGUCAUUAAGGUCCACGGUGAAGAUGGACCCCACUUUUGGAAAGCGAUUUGAUUUUGACAUUCCUGUACUGAUGUGGAAGCAGCACUUCACCCCAGAGACUUGGGACCGGCUGAAGGAACGCAACGUCCCCUAUGGCUGGCGUGGGUUGUCCUAUGGAGUUAUCGCUCGUUCGGUGCAGCUCCUCAAUGACUCUGUCAACAGCAGGCUCUUUACCAUGACGAGGCCCCCCAACAGCUGCAUCCGCUGUGCUGUGGUGGGCAAUGGGGGAAUUCUGAAUGGAUCCCACCAAGGAAAGGACAUAGAUGCUCAUGACUUUGUCUUCAGGCUCAAUGGGGCAGUGAUCAAAGGCUUUGAGAAAGAUGUGGGGACAAAGACCUCCUUCUAUGGUUUCACAGUAAACACCAUGAAGAAUUCUCUUAUUGCUUAUGCAGAAUAUGGCUUCACCCAGAUACCACAGGGCAAGGACAUACGGUACAUUUUCAUUCCCUCAGAUAUACGCGAUUACCUCAUGAUCAGAUCUGCUGCGUUGGGCAUCCCUGUUCCAGAAGGCUCUGACAAAGGGGAUGAGCCACAGAAAUACUUUGGAUCUGAAAAAUCUGCAGACAAAUUCAAGCUGCUGCACCCAGACUUCCUGCACUAUCUAACAGAGAGGUUUUUGAGGUCUGAAAUACUAAGCACUCAGUUUGGGUAUCUCUACAUGCCCAGCACUGGUGCCCUUAUGCUUCUAACAGCUCUGCACACCUGUGACCAGGUCAGUGCCUACGGCUUCAUCACAGAGAACUACAGAAAGUUCUCCGACCACUAUUAUGAGCAGGAGAAAAAGCCCUUGGUGUUCUAUGCCAACCAUGACAUGCUGUUAGAGUCUGAGCUGUGGAAGAGCUUGCACCGGGUUGGCAUCAUGAAGCUGUAUCAGCGGUGAAGGGGGCCCCCACCCUUGGUUCUCUCAGCGUGGAAGUUUUCCUGUACCACAGGAGUCCCCCAUCUGUCUUUACAUAGGUUGUGGGUGAAACUGAUAACCUGCAGUUUCCAAACACGAACGGGAAGCACUGGAGCAGCUGCUUGACCUGCUAGAAGAAAGAUCUGUCUGUGGCUGAAAGCCAACAUAGUCCAGAGACACUGCUGCAGAAUCACACCAUUGCCAGCUCUCUGGCUCAGAGAAGCUGGAGCUAGAUAGAUAUAAUAUGGAAACAGGGACUAUUUAGCAGCCCUGCUGGUGAUGGCAUACUUUUCAUUAUGCUUCUCCUUGAAGUGAGAUGAUUGGUCCUUGUGAAAUGUUGAUUCUGCCUAGUUUGGCAAUUAUUGGCAUCACUACACUCCUCCUCCUAGGUGGUCUCUAGCUGACAGAACUCCCUGUACAAUGGGGCAGAGGAGCCCUGGAGUACAUUGCAUUUGCUAGGAGCCCAAUACUGUCUCCAUGGUGUUGGCUACAAAACAUUCCUUUUGUGCAGUAAUAAUGCAGUGAAGUAGUGGCUAUGUGGCAAAACCUCAGAAAGUCUCUCUAAAGCAGCCAGCUAACUAUUAUGGCCCUAUUGUGGGCCCACAAGUUCUGAUUCUCUGAUAUGGAUGAGUGAGUGCAUGUUUGUGUGUGUGAACGAGAAGCACUGUUCCAGGUAUGAGUGCAGGGUGUAUGCUGAAGAGACAGCCUGAUAUUUUCAGCUCAGGGCCAGGCACAUACUUCUUUAGUCCCAAUUGUAUGGGACAUUUUCUUUAUCAGUCCUUUUAUACACACUGGGUUUUUUUCAGUGGCAGAGGGCCCCCUCCUUUUCCUCCUUUUCCCCCUGCUUAAAAACUCUGUCUUUAAAAAAAAAUCCAUCUGUCUUCUAAAUUGGUGUUGUAGAACUUAUAGAAUCUUUGGGUUGAUCAUGUGAAACUUUCUCAUUGACUGGCUCUGAAAGUGGGAUGAAUGAAUGUUAACAUCAGCGUCUCCCUUGAUGACAUUGGGCUCAACACCCAGGCAUGGCUUCCCUCCUAUAACUUGAGAAUAUCCUUCAUACUACAUCGGCAUCCUAUCUACCCACACUGCCUACCCUCCAGCUCAGUCUCUCGGAACCAUUCGAGGGUAUGAAAACCGGCCUGCUAGCAAUCCCACGAAGCACAAAGUUUUUCCUUCAGAUUCAUUCAGUGACAAACAGGGCAGCCCCUUCUCAUCGUAUGGGACGACUAGCCACAACCAGUUGACUGACUACUGCAGGGCAAUGUAUAUAAUGUGCACAAAAAAUGUGUGUCAAGAAAUGCUGAAUUAUGUACAGAUUGUAUACAUUUGUAUAAAUUAUGCAAACUUAAUAAAAUUGACUAUGUUUA